UGCGCCUGCGCAGCUCCUGGUCGCGGCGCUGGUUUGCUGCGGGCGGCGCGAGCUGGUGGUGGGAGUUGCUGCCGAGUAACAACAACAAAUGCCCGAGUGUCUGCGGCUGAGCAAGCGCCCUCCUGGACAGAAGCAGGACGAGACUGAGCCUCACAGGCCGCCCCGUGUCCCCGAACAUGGCAGAGGACAGCGAUUGGGUUGUGGAGAGCAUUGCGGAAUACCUGGGCAGCCCGGCGUGGGUCGUGCCACUCACGGAUUUUAUGGAGAAUAAAUGCACAGUCUUCGAUGACGAAGAUGAAAACAAACUGACCUACACGGAGAUCCAUCAGCAGUACAAGGAGCUGGUAGAAAAGCUGCUGGAAAACUACAUGCAGGAGGUUGGGAUCAACGAGGAGCAGCUGUUGGAAGCCUGCACCUCUCCACUCGCCAAGUCCAAAGCCCUGCAGAAUGUCUUUCAGCCGGUGCUUGCAACAGAGGAUUUUGAGGUGUUCAAGUCACUGAUGGUUCAGAAGAAUGUGGAGCUGCAGCUGCAGGCCCUGCGUGUGAUUCAGGAGAGGAAUGGUACCCUGCCCGAGUGUCUGACAGAUGGUGCAGACAUGAUAUCAGAGCUGGAGCAGCAGGAGUUAAGGAUACUGAAAGAAGUGCUGAAGAGAUCAAAGGAAGAGUAUGAGCAGGACAUGGCGAGGAGGCAGCUGUCGGAGGACGAGGGUGGCUCGACUUCCAACAGCAGUACAGAGCGGAUGGCCUUUGACAGCACCGAGCGGCAGGACACGGUGCCAGGCCAGGCGUCUGAGAAACGGGCCGAGAGCACGCCUUCUGUGUGCAAUGCCUCAAGGAUGGCCGAGGAGAAAAAUAUAAAAAGUGCUGGCAAAGCUGGGGAUAACAUGAAACAUGGCACCAACAAAGUUGGCACACAGCCCACUGCAAAGCUGCUGCCUGGGAGGAGCGGUGCAGAUGCUAAGCUUCUGGCCCCUGUGAGAGCUCCAGUCAGGGGGUCCGAGCCAGCGGCAGACCCCAGGGAGAAGAGCAGCACUGAGGCUGCCGAGGCCUGGCUGGAAGAGGCGCGUAGGGAGGCCGGGAUAUCCAGGCCUUUCACUGAGCUGUCAGCUGCACAGCAGGAGCAACUCCAGCAGAGGGCGCACUAUCUGAGACAGCAGAGGGACAGGCUGCUAGCCAUGAAGAGAGAGCAGAGAGACAAACUGUCCACGUCAGAGGAAUCGCCAGUGGCUCUUGCCCCCAGGACCGUGGAAAUUUCUGAAGAGGAGAAAAGACAGCUGCAGAAACGGAAACACUUGGCUGAAAAACUGAAGGAAGAAGUCAUCAAAAAAUCGUGAGGGAGUUUUGGAUCUGGAUAAGUACUAGUUUCUCCAAGCACCUUGGACCACAGCAGAUGGAUUUUUGUGCCAGUUCCACUGUACAGCUCUAGCUAGGGAACACAGUAUUGACUAUUUUUCCUUCUUCAUCAGAAUCAUUCACUUUACAGCCACAGCUGCAGAGGAGCAAAUAAAUGGACUGAAUUAUCUGGCUGUAAUGACCUGUACACUGUUUAAUAAAACAAUUUUCUAUAUAUUUUUUUUAAAUUAGAGCUUAUGUAGUUUAAACCACAGUGGCCUAAGAAAAUAAAAUAGACUCUAAUUUAGGUUAAUUUGACAUUUGCCAUGCUUCCCUUAGACAGACAACCACCUGAUGUUACUGUACCAAUCUAAACUUUCAUCAGGCAGGAAGUACCAAAGAUGUGAUCUCUGUAUUAAAGUUUAUUUAUAUAAGUCUGAACCACUGUGUCAAAAGCCAACUUUUAACAUACCACCCCACUACGGGGGAAAUUUCACAAUGUUGUGUCCAUUAUUCACUAUUUUAAAGUUCCAGGCAGCUGUAAAUAUACUGGUAGAAAACAAUGAAAGUAGACCAGCUUGGACAUCAUUUAUACAGUGACUUUGUAGAAACCCACAUCUUUGGCAUCAGCUGAUCACCAGGUGGCUAUAGAAAAAAAAUGCUUUGGUGACAGGAGUGUUGUAUAGGCUAAGGAAAUUAUACACGUCUAUUGCGAACAAGAGGGCUUAGGCUCAGAAUUAUUUCAGAUAGGUCAGGAAAGA